GCGAAUGAAGUCCAAGGUCCCCCAUUGGCCAGGGCCUAAUGUAUUCUUAUGAGCUCAGCUUCCCCGGAGCUUUAAAUGGAACCCUGCCGUCCGGGCUCUGGUCUCUGGGCUGGGCAGCUGCCACCCUCCCCCGGUGGUGGCACAGGGGCACGGCGGGGUUGGAAGGUCAACAGCUGGAGUCGGAAGAUGGACGCGCAGACCAACAGGAUGAACGCCCUGCCGCCUAGUCCCCUGGCCCUGGAGUACCUCGACGAGUUUGACUUGCUGAAGUUCGAGGUGAAGCAGGAGGCCGCCCGAGUGGGCGGGAGCGCCUCGCUGGACUCCACCCCCUGCAGCUCCGUGCCCCCCUCCCCCACCUUCGACAAGACGGGGGACCCCAAGUCCACUCUGGAAGAGCUGUACUGGAUGGCCACCCUCCAUCAGACGCUGGCGGCCGCUGCAGCAGGGGGCGGCCCCGAAAGCCAGCUCGUGCCGGCCUUUGACGAAGCGAUGGAGGCCCUCCUGGGGGUUCCCCUGGCGGAAGGUGGCCUCCGCGGGGGGGCCGCUCCCCAGCUGCAAGGCUUUCUGGGAACAAACGAAGGUCUCGCUGGAGAACAGCAACAGUUGCCCCUACUUUCUGACCGCUUCUCCGAUGCCCAGCUGGUCUCCAUGUCAGUACGGGACCUCAACCGGCAGCUCCGCGGCUUCGGCAAGGAUGAAGUGCAGCGCCUGAAGCAGAAACGGCGCACCCUCAAGAACCGCGGCUACGCCCAGUCCUGCCGCUACAAGCGGGUGCAGCAGCGCCAUGUCCUGGAGGCGGAGAAGUCCCAACUGGCCCAGCAGCUGGAGUCCCUGCGUGUUGAGAUGGCCCGGGUGGCCCACGAAAGGGACGUGUACAAGGCCCGCUGUCAGAAGUUGCUGGGAGACACCGCAGGGGGACACUACGGGGAGGGGGCGGAGCCUCCUGCGCCACAGCCUACAUCGCUGGGACAGUUUUUUCUAUGAAUGACCUGCAGCGUGCAAUGGACAGCGUGAGUGGGACAGGAGGUGGUGGCCGUCAGCUGUGGACAGGCGAGGCGUUUCCCCCUUUCGCCCCACCAGAGGGCGACAAAAAACAAGGCUCUUGAUAGGCUCCUCCCCCUUUCCCCACUAUUCGGGUCUCCAGAAAGUUAGGCCAAAAGAGCGUCACCAUGGGCAAG